AUGUAUAAUAAUAAUAUCGGAGAAAUAGUGUCAAGUAUAAUAGGUUGGACUUAUUUUUUAGCUUGGUCAAUAAGUUUUUAUCCACAAGCAAUAUUAAAUUGGAAACGUAAAAGUGUGCAAGGAUUAUCCAUAGACUUUUUAUGGUAUAAUUUUUAUGGAUUUAUGUGUUAUUCAGUGUUCAAUUUGACAUUCUUCUUUUCUGAAGAAAUUCAAAAAGAAUAUCGAGAUAAAAAUGGCAAUAAAGACAAUCUUGUUAGAGCAAAUGAUAGAGAUGCAGAUCAAAAAAUAUCAUGUACAGCAUCAAUGUUCAUAAAACUUUCUUUGGUGAUGAUGAUAUUGGUUUUAAUUGAAAUAUACUUUACUAAAUUCCAAUGGAUUGAUUUGAUGUAUUUUUUGAGUUACAUUAAAUUAUCGAUUAGUUUUAUUAAAUAUGUUCCUCAGGCAUUUUUAAAUUUCAAAAGAAAAUCAACUGUUGGAUGGAGUAUUCAUAAUAUAUUAUUGGAUUUUACUGGUGGUGUUUUAUCGAAUUUUCAAUUAAUACUUGAUGCCUAUUUAACUAAUAAUUGGUCUGGUAUAAAAGGAGAUUUUGUUAAAUUGUAA